AUGUCAGAAAAUGUCAUUGCCAAAACUUCAUCCGUCAUUACAUCCAAUCUUCAUCCACAGAAAACCAAGCACAUAAAUUCGUAUGAAGACGUGGUGUAUGCUGCUGGAGAAAAUUAUUCACUUCAAUUAACAGCCCGAUCACUCUCGCAUUUGGAUUAUGUGAAAAAUUGUAAAGUUCAUGAUUUUCCGAGUACUGGUUCGCCACAUUUACAACACUUUACAUCGUUUCAGACAGUAUUCUCAACCCGAUUGAAUAGAAAUAAUGAACCAAAGCACCAUGGACAAUAUUGUCGAGUGGAAAAUAUUUCAAAUUCAUCAUUUACUUUGAUCACGACGAGCAGCGUAUCUGAUGCCAAUGAUGUGACAAGUGACAUUUACAUGUGUGGGAGAGCAGUAGGAGUGGGCUUUCAAAUCAACAACAAUGCGUCACAACAAACUACCUCCUCUAACAGUCACACCUUAUUAUAUUCAUGGUCGAACGAUAAUUUAAUAUCAACACUCCAAAAAGUUGAGAAUGAUUUUCUAAAUUUACCAAAAACAAAGGACCAACGAGCAUUCAUUGUCGAUUCUUCAACAGGUUUUGAACAUUCAGUGAUUGUCUUGUCGAAUGGUAUGGCCAUGGCAUGUGGACGUAACAAGAAUGGUCAGUGUGGAACUGGUAAUUUUAAUGACGUACCAAAAUGGGAAAUAGUUCCUACCAAUUAUCACAUUGUGAAAACAAGCUGUGGUUCCUAUCAUACUGCUUUUCUGGCUGGUCAAGAUGCGAACUCGUCAAACGUGAACACACUCUUGUAUUGUGGAACUUUCAACAAUAAUGGAAGUAAUAUUUUUCACUGCAAAUUAAUAACACUCAUGGAAUGCAUCAACAACAGUAGUAGUAGUAGCGAAAAAAAACCUACUCUUGGUGUGGAGGAUGAGCAGUUUGUGGAUGUAAAAUGUGGACAAAAUUUUACCUGUGUAUUGACAUCAUCAGGAAAUGUCUAUGCAUUUGGAAGAAAUGCACAAGGACAGUGUGGAACAGGAGUAUCCACUAUCAAGGAUGUUUCAAAACCAACAUUAAUGAAAGGACUUGACAAGGUAAAAAUAUCAAAAAUUGCAUGUGGCAGUUCUCAUACCUUAUUACUCACAAACACUCAUUUUGUGUAUGGAGUUGGUAAUAAUGAAAGUGGACAACUUGGAAUGGGAGAUGUAAGAACGAGAUAUAUUCCAGAAAGAAAUGAAUUUUUCGCACAAAUGUGGAUUUGGGAUCGAAAGGAAUCCUCUCAAAAAACUCUCACAAGUAUCAAAUGGCCAUACGAGGAAUUACCAACGUAUUAUGAUCAUGUCAAAGACAUUGCAUGUGGACCUUAUCAUUCUGCCUUUGUAACCAUUUGCUCGGAUGUAUAUGUAUGUGGUCUGGCAUGUUUUGGACAAUUAGGAAUUGGAGUGUUUGCCAAUGGAGUUGUAGUUCCUGUCAAGGUCAAUUUACACAGUACAACACCUUCGCCUUACAUGCAAAAAAUUGUCCAACAAAAGAACUUGGAAUAUUUUCCUCCAUCCAUGAUUGGAAUGAAUUAUGCAACCAAAGAAUGGCGAGUAUGCACUUCACAUAAUAAUUCCACGUUUUUGGUUCAGACAUGUGUCACGGGUCGAAUUGAGAGAUUUCACAAACUCUUACGCAAAAGUUUGUUUUACCGCGGAGAAGAACUUGACUACGAAGAGAGCAAGAUGAACUUCUCAGAUCUCAUUGUGAUCUCAUUUGAGAAGAAUUAA